UCCUGAUCAAAAUGUGCUCAAAGGGAGGGCCGAAACAAAUUGACUGUCGCGAAGCGCUCAAAAACACUGAUCCUGUCGGGACAAAGAAACAUGCAUACUGCCACACAUCCUCUCAAAAACCCAUAUACCCCGUCUGCAUCCUCGACGGAAAGGAAUAUAACGUGAACGACAAGGGCGAGGUGAAAUUCAAAGCAAGUGGCACCAGAACUGCAGACGCAGCGUUAUCCACAUCUGUAUCUGCAUCUGUAUCUGCAUCUGCAAACUCGACUCUUUCAUUCGCGACAGCGACUAACUAUGCUAGCAAGGCCACUCUUGACCCGGAGUCAACACUGUCAGCAGGUAGCAGCAGCGGCGGCAGCAAUGAUGACGACGCGACUCGCACGACUGAUGCAUCCACGGCCACGACCGAUCCCAUAUUGCGCUCCACGGUAGACGUUACGGUAACAAUUCCCCCGCCAGCUGCCUCAACGAUGGCAGCGAAUGCACCUAUGAGCUCUGCGUCGGCGGCGGGGGGUUCUCUGAUGGCUAAUGGGGUUGUGGGCAGUUUGGUUGUGGCAUUCUUUGUGGAAAUAUGUAUUUUGGUUUUGUUUGGUAUAGAUUAGGCUGGGUAGGGGGGAGAUGGGAGAUUCUGUGUCAAUAUUCAACAUUCUGGUGCUUUGGUAUUAUUGGGGGCUGCUGUAGUUACGGAGCAGUGAUGGAUAAGCAAAGAAUUGUGAUUGGGUAGAAGCUGCAUAUCAAAACUUUAGGAAUUUUUGGUCGAUUUCCUGCAGUUCUCAAAGAAAAUAUCGUGUUGAUGA